AUGAUCACAAUUGGUACGGCCAUCGCACAAACAGCUACGGGGAUCAUAUUCAUGUCCAGCUUUUCGGUCUACUUCUUUGUUCAGGCUGAUAUUGGAGAGCCCUUCAAGUGGGUGAUGAUCAGCCUUGCUAUCGCACUAACUGGCAACCUGGCAGCCUUUCCGGCCAUGCGCUGGGUAAACUUUCGUCCCAUGUUGACCAUUGGCUCAUUUGUGAGCGGAGCUUCCAUGCUAGCCAUGGGAAUUGUUUACACCGUGUCGCCCGUUGGUUCUCCCUAUGCAGGAAAGGCCCUCGUCGGCCUCAGCAUUCUUUUCACUUGGGUCUACGGGUUUGCCCAGGGCCCUGUGCUGUGGGCCAUACAAACAGAAAUCCCGGCGCAGCGAUUGCGCUCGCAGACGGUUGGCUUAGCGCAAGGUUGUAACUUCAUUUUCGCAUGGCUGUGUACGUACUGUACGCCUUACUUUGUCAAUCCGGAUUCUCUGGGUUGGGGCCCGAAGUACUGCUACAUCUGGGCUGGCAGUAAUUUCAUGCUUGCCAUCUGGGUUUUCCUAUUUGUACCCGAGACCCGUGGUAGAAGUAUGGGACAGAUUGAUGAGAUUUUUUCAAGCAAGAUUUCGGCGUUCAAGAGUUCAAGGCCUAUUUCGGCCAUUGGCUUUGCCAAUAGGGAUGAAAUGAUCGGGGCAGAAUUGGGAAAGGAAAGUGAUGUUUUUGAACUUGAGCAUGCGACCGAAAAAUGA